CGCUGCCGCGGUGCCGUGAGGGGACGGAGACGGCCGGGCCCGGACCAGCGCGAUGCUCACGGACGGCACCGCCGCCGCUGCCGCCGACGAGGAGAUCGACUCGGUCGCGCCCCGCGCGCCGCCCGCCGCUGCCGAGCCGCCCGCCGCGGCCGGGCCCUCCCCGCUGGGCCUGCGGGCCGUGCGCCUCUUCGGGGAGGCCGGGCCCGGCGGGCCGGGAGGCCCCGGCGCGCCCGCGGCCGGUGAGGCCGCCCUCGACUUCAAGCUGGCGGCCGCCGUGCUGCGGAGCGGGGGCGGCGGCGGCUCCGGCAGCGACGAGGACGAGGUGUCCGAGGUUGAAUCAUUUAUUUUGGACCAAGAAGAUCUUGAUAACCCAGUACUUAAAACCACAUCGGAGUUAUUCUUAUCGAGUGCUGCAGAAGGCGCAGACUUGAGAACUGUGGAUCCAGAAACACAAGCAAGACUUGAAGCCUUACUGGAGGCAGCAGGAAUUGGUAAAUUGUCCACUGCCGAUGGCAAAGCCUUCGCAGAUCCCGAGGUUCUCCGGAGACUGACGUCGUCCGUCAGCUGCGCGCUGGACGAGGCGGCCGCGGCAUUGACCCGCAUGAGAGCCGAGAACAAUCACAACAACGGCCAGGUGGACAAUCGCAGUUUGGCGGAAGCAUGCUCCGAUGGGGAUGUGAAUGCUGUCAGGAAGCUGCUGGAUGAAGGACGGAGUGUAAAUGAACACACUGAGGAAGGGGAGAGUCUGCUUUGCUUGGCCUGCUCAGCAGGAUAUUAUGAAUUGGCACAAGUGCUUCUAGCCAUGCACGCCAACGUCGAAGAUCGAGGGAAUAAAGGCGACAUCACGCCCUUGAUGGCAGCUGCCAGCGGAGGCUACGUGGAUAUUGUUAAACUCCUCCUUGUCCAUUGUGCAGAUGUCAAUGCACAGUCCUCCACAGGGAACACGGCUCUCACGUACGCCUGUGCUGGGGGCUUUGUGGACGUGGUGAAGGUGCUACUGAAAGCUGGUGCUAACAUAGAAGACCACAAUGAGAAUGGACACACCCCCCUGAUGGAAGCAGCCAGUGCAGGGCAUGUUGAGGUUGCAAGAGUAUUGCUGGAAUAUGGUGCAGGAAUCAACACUCACUCCAACGAGUUCAAAGAAAGUGCACUUACACUCGCAUGCUAUAAAGGCCAUUUAGAUAUGGUUCGUUUUUUGCUCGAAGCUGGAGCUGAUCAAGAGCACAAAACAGAUGAGAUGCACACGGCGCUGAUGGAGGCCUGCAUGGAUGGCCACGUGGAGGUGGCGCGGCUGCUGUUGGACAGCGGUGCCCAGGUGAACAUGCCCGCGGAUUCCUUCGAAUCCCCGCUCACCCUGGCUGCCUGCGGCGGGCACGUGGAGCUGGCAGCGCUGCUGAUCGAGAGAGGAGCCAACCUGGAGGAGGUCAAUGAUGAGGGUUACACUCCUCUGAUGGAGGCUGCUCGGGAAGGCCACGAAGAGAUGGUGGCCUUGCUGCUGGCACAAGGGGCAAAUAUCAACGCACAGACAGAAGAAACGCAGGAAACAGCCCUGACCCUGGCGUGCUGUGGAGGCUUUUCUGAAGUCGCUGACUUCCUUAUUAAGGCAGGAGCUGAUAUAGAGCUUGGUUGCUCAACACCUUUGAUGGAAGCUGCUCAAGAAGGUCAUCUUGAACUGGUGAAAUAUUUGCUGGCAGCAGGAGCUAAUGUUCAUGCCACUACAGCAACGGGAGACACAGCUCUGACCUACGCCUGUGAAAAUGGACACACAGAUGUGGCAGAUGUGUUGCUCCAGGCUGGUGCUGAUCUGGAGCACGAAUCUGAAGGUGGGAGAACCCCACUAAUGAAGGCUGCACGAGCUGGUCACUUAUGCACCGUGCAAUUCCUUAUUAGCAAAGGUGCCAAUGUGAACAGAGCUACAGCCAACAAUGAUCACACAGUGGUGUCCCUGGCCUGUGCUGGAGGUCACCUGGCCGUGGUUGAGCUUCUCCUGGCUCACGGGGCAGAUCCCACUCAUCGGCUCAAGGAUGGCUCAACAAUGCUCAUUGAAGCUGCCAAGGGAGGACACACAAAUGUUGUUUCUUACUUGCUGGAUUACCCAAACAAUGUUCUGUCGGUUCCUGCAGCAGACUUGUCCCAGCUCACACCUCCAUCUCAGGAUCAGUCUCAGGUUCCCCGUGUCCCGGUGCAUACGCUCGCUAUGGUUGUACCUCCCCAGGAGCCUGACAGGACCCCUCAAGAGAACUCCCCACCUCUCUUGGGAGUGGUGAAAGGUGCAUCCAAGCAGAAGUCAAGUUCCCUGCAGGUAGCAGAUAAGGACCUACUGCCACCUUUUCACCCAUACCAGCCUUUGGAAUGCAUAGUAGAAGAGACUGAAGGCAAGCUGAAUGAACUUGGACAGAGAAUUAGUGCUAUUGAAAAAGCACAACUUAAAUCAUUGGAAUUAAUUCAAGGUGAACCUUUAAAUAAAGAUAAGAUUGAAGAACUUAAAAAGAACAGAGAAGAACAAGUACAGAAGAAGAAGAAAAUAUUGAAGGAGCUGCAGAAGGUGGAAAGGCAGUUGCAGAUGAAAACCCAACAGCAGUUUACCAAAGAAUAUUUGGAGACCAAAGGUCAGACAGACACACCACCUGCCCUGCAGCAGCAGUGCUCACUUGCAGGGGUCUUCCCAGAAGUGGAAGCUGAUAAGGGUCUGCCAGAGGAUAACUUUUCAGGGUUACCUCAGGUUGACACAAUCUUGUCUAAAGAUGAUGAGCAACACCAGUCUCCAGCACCUGCUGAACAAAUAGAGUUUGUCCCUAUCCAGCCUUUGCCAGCACCGCAAUGUAAUUUUUCUGGUAACUUAGGUUUUAAUGGGACAGAGUCUCUUGAACUUCAGAAAGCAUUAGGGAAUCAGCAGAAUGUAGGACAGCAGCAGCAAAUUGCUGGGCAGGGGCUCUUAGUUCAAGAAGCAGACGGAUUAAUGGUUGCCACUCCAGCACAGACGCUUACCGACACUCUUGAUGACCUAAUAGCAGCUGUGAAUAGCAGAGUGCCCAGUGGCUCCACCAGCUCCUCACACACUACGGAGUCCCCAACGCCUGAGCCGUGCCCACAGGCUGCCAGCAGUGUGCCCCCCCAGUCUGUGCUCCCCAUGUACCCAUCAGUGGACAUCGAUGCACAUACCGAAAGCAAUCACGACACCGCGCUGACCCUGGCGUGCGCGGGGGGGCACGAGGAGCUCGUGUCUGUGCUGAUCGCCCGUGGUGCCAAUAUUGAGCACAGAGACAAGAAGGGUUUCACACCUUUGAUUCUGGCUGCAACUGCUGGACAUGUUGGUGUUGUGGAAAUCCUUCUGGACAAAGGCGGGGAUAUAGAGGCGCAGUCGGAGCGCACGAAGGAUACGCCGCUGUCCUUGGCAUGCUCCGGGGGACGCCAGGAGGUUGUGGAUUUGCUGUUGGCCCGGGGAGCAAAUAAAGAACACAGGAAUGUGUCUGAUUACACGCCGUUAAGCCUUGCUGCAUCUGGUGGCUAUGUUAACAUCAUCAAGAUUCUUCUCAAUGCUGGGGCAGAAAUUAAUUCCAGGACUGGCAGCAAGCUGGGGAUUUCUCCUCUGAUGUUGGCUGCCAUGAAUGGCCACGUCCCUGCCGUGAAGCUGCUGCUGGAUAUGGGCUCAGAUAUUAACGCCCAAAUCGAGACCAACCGCAACACAGCCCUGACCCUGGCCUGCUUCCAGGGCCGGGCAGAGGUGGUCAGCCUGCUGCUGGACAGGAAGGCCAAUGUGGAGCACAGGGCAAAGACUGGUCUCACACCUCUGAUGGAAGCAGCUUCAGGAGGCUAUGCAGAGGUUGGAAGGGUUCUCCUUGAUAAAGGAGCAGAUGUGAAUGCCCCACCUGUGCCUUCCUCAAGAGAUACAGCUCUAACAAUUGCAGCUGAUAAGGGUCACUACAAGUUCUGCGAGCUCCUCAUUAAUCGAGGGGCACACAUUGAUGUUCGCAACAAGAAAGGAAACACCCCGCUGUGGCUGGCCGCCAACGGGGGGCACUACGACGUGGUGCAGCUGCUUGUGCAAGCAGGGGCAGAUGUGGAUGCUGCAGAUAACAGGAAAAUCACCCCUCUUAUGUCAGCAUUUCGCAAGGGGCAUGUGAAAGUAGUUCAGUUCCUGGUGAAAGAAGUGAACCAGUUUCCUUCAGACAUUGAGUGCAUGCGCUACAUAGCGACCAUCACGGACAAGGACCUGUUGAAAAAGUGUCACCAGUGUGUGGAGACAAUUGUGAAAGCUAAAGACCAGCAGGCUGCAGAAGCCAAUAAAAAUGCAACUAUACUGCUGAAGGAGCUAGACCUGGAAAAAUCAAGAGAGGAGAGCAGAAAACAAGCUCUUGCAGCCAAAAGGGAGAAAAGAAAGGAAAAGAGAAAGAAGAAGAAAGAGGAACAAAAAAGAAAACAAGAAGAAGAUGAAGAAAACAAACCUAAGGAAACUCUGGAACUACAAGAAGAUGAUGAUGAAGAAGAAAACGAUGAUGAAGUGGAGCAAGAAGUUCCCAUAGAGCCUCCAAGUGCAACUACUACAACUACAAUUGGAAUUUCUGCAACUUCAACUACCUUCACAAAUGCCUUUGGGAAGAAGAGAGCUAAUGUGGUGACUACCCCCAGCACAAAUAGAAAAAAUAAGAAGAAUAAAACAAAAGAGACUCCUCAGAAUAUGCAGAUAAUUUUGCCAGAUCAGCAUAUAUCUCUAGCACAGCAAAAAGCAGAUAAAAACAAAAUAAAUGGAGAGCCAAGAGGUGGUGGUGCAAGUGGGAACAGUGAUUCAGAUAACUUGGAUAGCACAGAUUGCAAUAGUGAAAGCAGCAGUGGAGGGAAAAGCCAAGAGCUGAACUUCACAAUGGACACGAACUCCUCAGAGCGGCGCUACGCCUCACUGCUCAUCCCCUCUCAGGAAGAAAAAAACAGCACCUCUGCUUCCAAAACACCAACCAGACUUGAUGGUGAAGGUCAUUCGAAUUCUUUGUCGACUACUUAUAAGGCUGUUUCCCUGCCUCUGAGCUCUCCUAAUGUAAAGCUGAAUCUGACCAGUCCAAAAAGAGGCCAGAAAAGAGAAGAAGGCUGGAAAGAAGUGGUUAGAAGGCAAGUGGGCAGAGUUUUGAAAGACCCUCCCCCAAGCAACACUCUGCAGCCAACACCAAUUGAGCAAUUUCAGCUGCAGAGAGGAGGGCGCUGCUGUUCCGGAGCAAAAAGGUCAAAGAAAUUAUCAGUCCCAGCUUCUGUGGUAUCUAGAAUAAUGGGAAGAGGUGGGUGCAACAUCACAGCAAUUCAAGAUGUCACUGGUGCCCACAUUGAUGUGGAUAAGCAAAAAGAUAAGAAUGGAGAGAGAAUGAUCACUAUAAGGGGAGGUACAGAGUCCACGCGAUACGCAGUGCAACUCAUCAAUGCCCUUAUUCAAGAUCCUGCCAAGGAACUGGAAGACUUGAUUCCUAAAACUCACAUAAGAACACCUGCUUCGAGUAGCAAGUCAAUCCACGCAAACUUUUCAUCUGGAGUCAGCACUGCGACUGCUUCCAACAAGAACUCGUUUCCUCUGGGAGCACCGCCCCUGGUCACGUCGCAGUCAUCAACACUAUCGACUUUCCAGCCUCCUAACAAAUUAAACAAGAAUGUCCCAGCGAACGUGCGCUCAUCUUUUCCGGUGUCUCUUCCUCUCGCUUAUUCUCACCCUCAUUUUGCCUUGCUGGCUGCCCAAACUAUGCAACAGAUCCGGCACCCUCGCUUACCUAUGGCCCAAUUCGGAGGAACCUUUUCACCUUCACCAAACACUUGGGGACCAUUCCCAGUGAGACCAGUUAACCCUGGCAGCACGAACAGCUCUCCAAAGCAUAACAGUUCGAGUCGUGUGGGUAACCAGAACGGCAGCGUUCUGCAGACCGAGUCUCCUGGGUUAGCUACGUCCAGCUGUCCCGUCACAGCCUCGUCUGUAGCUGCUUCCAGCCAGCCUCUGUGCGUGACCAGUAACCGGACUCCCUCCUCGGUCAGGAAGCAGCUCUUUGCUACGUGCGUCCCCAAGACGAGUGCUGCAGCCACAGCCAUCUCAACUGUGACCAGCACCUGUAGCACUCUGCCCUCAGCUUCCUCCGCCCCCACAAACAACGGGCAAGUGCCCGCAGCGUUUCUGCCGCCUCCUGCUCCGCAAACGCAGCAUUCUGCCCUGAAAGCAGACUCGUUCUCGGCCGUCUCCGCAGCCAAGGAGAAGGUGCCCGCCCCCGAGCAGCCGCCCACGAGCGUGUGCCCGCCAGCUUCAACCGCCAGCAGUUGCAGUGUGUCAGCCAGCAGCAGCUCAGGGGGCACCGAGACGCGCCCGGCGAGCAGUCCCGCACCGCUCAGCAGCGCCCAAGAUGAAAUUCUGCCAACCAGCAUGUCUGACAUCAGCCCUUCCAUGUCGAUGCCUUUUUCAUCCAGCUCAGAAACUGCUCCUUUAAGCUUAGCGUCGCCCAGGUCAGUUGUUGCAGAUAAUCAGGACAACAGUAACUUACCUCAAGUAGCUGUACCAGCACCUCGAGUUACUCACAGGAUGCAGUCCAGAGGUUCUUUCUAUUCAGUGGUACCAAAUGCAAACCUCCAUCAAGAUCCUCAGUCUAUUUUUGUUACGAAUCAAGUUCCUUUAACACCUUCUCAAGGUCCACCUGCUGCAGUGCAGCUUUCGUCAGCCAUGAACGUUAUGAACGGUUCUCAGAUGCACAUUAACCCAGCAAACAAAUCAUUGCCUCCUGCCUUUGGGCCAGCAACGCUCUUCAAUCACUUUAGUAGUCUUUUUGAUAGCAACCAGGUGCCAGCUAACCAAGCAUGGGGAGACUGUCCACUCUCUACCCGAGCAGCAGCUGACCCAUCUUUCACUGUUCAGUCUACCUUUCUGAAUAACUCUGUGCUAGGACAUGUGGAAAACGUCCAUCCCGACAACUCCAAGGCUCCUGGUUUCAGGCCACCUUCCCAACGGGUUUCAACUAGUCCUGUAGGCUUACCCUCUCUAGAUCCAUCCAACAGCUCUACAACUUCUUCUUCAGGUCCUUUGACAGGCUUUUCAGCAAACAUACAAGGAGCACGGGUUUACCUUCAAGGGCCAGCGCCUGUUGGGACUCCCAGCUUUAACAGACAGCAUUUUUCACCACAUCCUUGGACAAGCGCAACAAAUUCAUGUAGGAACUUCAUGGCAGGUGAAUCUCCUAUUCCAUCAGUUUCCUCAGGAUCAUCUUCACCCCUCUCAGCUGCUUCUGCACCUGCUAACUUGGGCCAGCCAAAAGCGGGGAACAGCAGCCAGGACAGGAAGGUGCCCCCUCCCAUCGGGACAGAGCGGCUCGCCAGGAUCCGCCAGGGAGGCUCCGUCACCCCCACGCCCCUGGGCAGCAACUUCACAGCUCCCGUGGGCCACAGCGGCAUCUGGUCCUUCGGGGUCAACAGCGUGUCUGAAGGUUUGUCAGGUUGGUCUCAGCCUGUCAUGGGAAGUCAUCCAAUGCAUCAGCAGCUGUCAGACCCAGGCACGUUUUCUCAGCAUCAGCCAAUGGAGAGAGAUGAUUCUGGAAUAGUGGCUCCCUCGAAUAUUUUCCACCAACCUAUGCCAAAUAGUUUUGUGGAUUUUUCUAAAGGCCUGCCCAUCUCCAUGUACGGCGGCACUCUGAUACCCUCGCACCCCCAGCUGGCAGAUGGCCCAGGAGGGCCCCUCUUUAAUGGGCUCCAUACUCCAGAUCCUGCCUGGAAUCCCAUGAUCAAAGUUGUCCAGAACUCAACAGAAUGUACUGAUGCUCAGCAGAUUUGGCCUGGCACCUGGGCACCUCACAUUGGAAACAUGCAUCUCAAGUACGUCAACUGAUUUAAGGGGGUCUGUCCUUUUUUAGCCUGGUUUGGGAAUCUUUAUGACCUUGAAGAACCCUGGGGAUUUUUUUCAUGUGCCUAACUAAGUGAUUUUCUGUGGGCUGUAACAAUGGAAUCUCGAUUGCCCAUUGUAUAAGAACAAAUUGACUUACCUAUACAAACUGAUUCUGUUCUCCAGUUAGUUUAGCCACUUCAAACUUAAAAAAUCAGACAAAACUAGUGCUUUUGGCUAAACACUACUGAAUGCUCCUUGUAUGCAGCAGAGAACUAGCUGAUGACAUGAUUUUGACCUUUUAGGGUGGUAAAUACCUGUAUAAUUGUUUACAGACUUAAAAGGAAAAGCUGAGUAAAUUUCAUGUCGUAUAGUGGCUCUACUUUAUGUAGCCUGUAUUAAUGUGAAAUAUUUACCUGAAUACUCAAUAAAAGGCAAACAGCAUUUA